AUGGUAAACAAUAUUUGCAAUAUGAAUGACACAGAUAACAUCAUCAAAUCUUUACUCCUAGCUAUUCAGCUCCAGUUAUCUGUCUUAUGUGCCAAUCAAGAACAAAUUAAGAUGGAUAUUAACAGCCUUGGAAAUGAAAUAAUGAUCAAAGGAUCUCCAAAGCAAAAUCUCUUUUUGUUUAUUAAUUGUGAGAUUGAGUACAAAGAAAUCGUUUUUGAUUACAAAGAUGUUCAAGGACUCUCUGAAGAAGUUACUUCAGCUGUGUAUUUCAACCAGCUAAUUAGAUGGUGUGAGAGUGCUGACAAGUUGCUUAAGUCAGUUGAGAGUUAUCUACAAUUUAGACUUUCAGGAUUGAAGACAAUGAAAGCCUCAGAGAAAGCAUCAAUGGAAAUAUGGAUGCUUAAAAACAUAUAUUGCUCAGCUGUAAUUAGGGAAUAUGUCAAGAACAGAAGUAUUAUUUCAGUGAAAAAGUUUAUUGAUAAAGACAUCUUCUCAAGAAAGCUCAAAAUUUCUGGGAACAUAUCAACAAAUACUAUCUGGAAGUAUCUUCAUGAAUGGAGAUAUCUAUUUAGAAAAAACUCAAAAGACAUAUACUAUGAUAACCACAAAAGAGCAGAUAUUAUUGCUUAUCGUCAAGUUUGGGCUAAGCAAAUGAUAUCUUACAAGUCAAAAAUGUCUAGUCAUAAGAUAUUCUAUUCUGAAGCUGAUAGAGAUGGGUACUGGACUGAUGCUCAUAUGAUGAAGCAGCUGGAGAGCAAAACAUUUCUUUGUUCAAGCUUCUUCACUCUGGAUGCAAGGCUGUAUUUGUAUUUGACCAAAGUAUAA